AAAGACAUUAACAACCCACAAUCAUAUGAAGGAAGAUAUUAGAGCAAAUGUAACUCCAGGUUAAGGUAAAACAAGCAUCUCCAGUGUAGAGAUUUUGGGUUGAUGGCUGAGUGAAGGAAAUAAUAAUUUGGAACAAUACACCAGCUGAUGUAAAUAUUUUGUUUACUUAAUCCUGCUUUCUUUCUGCUUAUUUUCAGUCUGGUACCACUUAAUGUUUGUCAGCAUGUAUUAAUUGUAUGCCUAACGGUUAACUUUGUUUAUCUUCUGUACUGGUAUCCACCCCAGGUUCUGCUGUCAUACACAGGAAGUUACUCUUCUGCUUUUGUGCUUCUGUGGUUUCUGUCUGUGUUACAUAGUGUGUCACACUCCCCUCUCCUUCCUCUCCUAUAGCAGGCCUCUGUGCUUUACUAACCACAGAAGUUGUCAGUGAAUGUAGAGAGUAGUUAGUAAGACACAGGUAAAUCGUUUCAUAGGCCUGAAAGGCCCUAAAAAGGCUUUUACCUUAUUCUAAAAGGAAGGUUUUUUGCAGACAGAGAAGUUAUUGAUAGGGCAAACAUGAGGACAGCCCUUCUUUUUUCUGCACCUACUCCAUCCUCAGGACAGAAGAGGAUUUAGUAAACGGGAGACUCGAUGUAUCUCACCUUGAAGGCCCAGGACUUAGUUUAAUUUUGACCUUCUUGUUCUUGUUUUCUUGAGUGAUCACCUGUUGUCACUCUGCUUUGGAAUACGCUGAUUUCUUAGUAGAAGAGGUUUGUGUAAAGCUUUCCUCCUGGAUUACAUUUGGAGAUUAGUGAUGGGGAAUGCGGCUGCAGGGGGCUUGGAGCAGGAACCAGCUGAGGGGCGAGAGGCCAGGAACUCAGUCAGCACAGCUUCUACAAUGAGUGACCCCACACCAACUGUGAAGAAGCAGCCGGCAGCCCCAAAACUUCCCAUGCCACCAGAGGAGGAACUGGAGGAGCGCUUCAAUGUGGUGCUGAGCUACAUGAACUUGCCUCCUGAUAAACUGAAGCUGUUGAGUCACUAUGACAAUGAAAAGAAAUGGGAAUUAGUCUGUGAUCAGGAGCGUUUCCAAGUCAAGAGUCCUCCAUCCACUUACCUGACCAAGAUCAAGAGCUUCUACCAAGAUCAGGGGGGGGUGUCUCGCAGGUUGAAGAAAAGGAUCCAAGAUGCAACUCAGGUCCUUAAAAACUUGGAAAUCUCCCUUCGAACCAAUCACAUCGGAUGGGCCCAGGAGUUUCUCAAUGAGCAAAAUAAAGGUUUGGAUAUUCUGGUGGAAUACUUGUCUCAUGCUCAAAGUGACACCUCAUUUGAUUUGGAGACUCUGGAAAACGGUGGCACCCUGUCAGACAGACAGAAGCCUGCAGAAAGAUCAAUGGAAGAUUUGACCAAGAGCUCCAGCAGUGGUCAUUCCCACGGGAUGAGCAGAGCUGCUCGGGCACUGACCGUAAGAAUAAGCUCCACCCUGGCAAACAAAAUGCAUAGGAAACCUCAUUCACCCUACCAGAGAGAUGAUGUACACGUCUGCAUUAUGUGCCUGCGAGCCAUCAUGAAUUACCAGUCUGGUUUUAACCUGGUGAUGACUCACCCACGCUGUGUGAAUGAGAUCACCCUCAGUCUCAACAGCAAGAAUCCCAGGACCAAAGCUCUUGUGUUGGAGUUGCUGGCUGCUGUGUGUCUCGUUAGAGGAGGGCACGACAUCAUUCUUUCUGCUUUUGACAACUUUAAGGAGGUGAGCAAAGAAAAGAACCGCUUUGAGAAGUUAAUGGAGUACUUCAUCCAUGAUGACAACAACAUUGACUUCAUGGUGGCCUGCAUGCAGUUCAUAAAUAUUGUGGUCCAUUCGGUGGAGAACAUGAACUUCCGUGUCCACCUGCAGUACGAGUUCACUCACCUUGGAUUAGACAAGUAUCUGGAGAGUUUGAAAGAUACGGAAAGCGAGAAGCUUCACGUCCAGAUCCAGGCCUACCUGGACAAUGUGUUAGAUGUAGGAGCUCUGCUGGAGGAUGCUGAAAACAGAGGAGGGGUACUGGAGCAUGUGGAUGAACUACAGGAGCACAACAUACAGCUGAAUGCCCGGCUUCAGGACAUUGAAAAUCAGACUGGAGAGAGAAUAUCUGAACUUGAAACUCAGCUCAUGCAGGCCACCAAGGAGGCUGAGCUGCUCAAAGAAAGCCUACGAGAAUCGUGCACCCAGGUUAGCUCUUUGCAGCAAAGAGAAAGAGAGCGGGAGCUGGACAGGGAGAGGGAGAAGGACAGGGAGCGUCUGACCACCUCCGUCAACCAGUCGCCUUCCGAGCUGGAGCAGAAGAUCCAGGAGCUGCAGGAGAAGGGGCUGAUUCGACUGGGACGAAACCCCUCAGGAGGUCUGGACAUCCAGGUUGUGCCUGUCACAGUGGUCGAAUACGUCCAAAGCCCACCCUCAACCACCCAACCCACCACUCCUGGCUCAGCUGAUACUACCUCCACAGCAUCCAUCAUCCCUCCCCCACCUCCUCCUCCUCCUCCUGGUGGUUCAGUGCCUGCAGCACCUCCUCAACCAGGAGCUGGGUCUGUUGCACCCCCUCCUCCUCCUCCUCCUCCUCCUCCACCGCCCGGAGCAGGUCCACCUCCUCCACCUCCUCCUCCUCCACCAGGUGCUGGACCCCCACCUCCUCCUCCUCUUCCAGGCACUGGACCCCCACCGCCGCCUCCGCCGCCUGGUGCUGGUCCACCACCUCCACCUCCACCACCCGGUGGUGGACCCCCACCACCUCCUGGAGCACCAGACCAGCAUUCUGGACUUAAAAGCAAGAAACCCAUUCAGACCAAGUUCAGGAUGCCUUUGUUAAACUGGCAGGCUUUAAAACCCAACCAGGUUACAGGCACAGUCUUCAACGAGCUGGACGAUGAGCAGAUCUUAGGGGAGUUGAACAUGGAGAUUUUUGAGGAGCAGUUCAAGACUAGAGCUCAGGGUAAUUCAGUAGAUAUGUCAAAGGUCAAGAAAAAGAAUGUCCAAAAGGCCCCCACCAAGACAUCCUUGAUUGAUGCCAACAAGGCCAAGAAUCUGGCAAUUACUCUACGCAAGGGAGGAAUGAGCCCAUCUGCUAUCUGUACAGCUAUUAAGACGUAUGACCAGCAGUCGUUGUCCAUAGACUUCUUGGAACUGCUUGAACCCUUCAUACCAUCAGACUUUGAGAUGAAGCUUCUGGCUAACUAUGAGAAAGAAGGCCGUCCGCUGGAGGAGCUGACUGACGAAGACCAGUUUAUUUUACACUUUGGAAAGAUUCCUCGUCUCAACCAGCGAAUAAACACUCUCACCUUCAUGGGCAACUUCCCAGACACAGUCAAACGCCUGCAGCCGCAACUGAACUCUAUCAUUGCUGCGUCCAUGUCUAUCAAGUCCUCAGUCAAACUGAAAAAGAUCUUAGAAAUUGUUCUUGCCUUUGGUAACUAUAUGAACAGCAGUAAAAGAGGUGCAGCUUACGGUUUCAGGCUACAGAGUCUGGACCUUCUGUUGGAGACUAAAUCCACUGACCGCACACAGACUCUACUUCAGUUCAUCACCAACAUCAUUCAGGAUAAAUACUCUGAUUUGGCCAACUUCCACACUGACCUUCACUUCGUAGACAAAGCAGCUCUUGUAUCCCUGGACAGCAUUCUGCAAGACAUCCGCUCAUUAGAGAGAGGAAUGGAGAUGACCAAGAAGGAGUUUCUGGUGCAGGAUGACUGCCCUGUGCUGAAGGAAUUCAUCAAAACAAACAGCGAGCAGCUUGAAACUUUGAUCAAAGACAGCAAGACAGCACAGGAAGCUUAUGCUGCUGUGGUGGAGUAUUUCGGAGAGAACCCCAAAACCACUCAGCCUUCCAUGUUUUUCCCCUUGUUUUGGCGCUUCAUUAAAGCCUAUAAGACAGCACAGCAAGAGAUUGAGCAGAAGAAGAAGACUGAAAGCGAGAGCCAUGAGGUAAAAGAGUCACCGUCUCCAAAUAAGCCUGGAGUGCAAAAGGGCCCCAUGAUGCCUAAGAUGCCUCAGAUGGACCUGAUCGCAGAGCUGAAGAAGAGGCAGGUGAAACCUCCAGUACGUGAGGGGAAGGAUGGUGCUCUAGAAGACAUCAUUACAGAUUUGAGGAACACACCAUACAGGCGGACAGAUGGUCGCCGGCCAGCACAACGCCAGGACACUUAAACCACUUCUGGUCGAGAAUUUUUCCUACAAAUGUAACUGGAAUCACAAUCAAACAUACACACAAAUUAAAAAGCUAUAAAAUGUGCUGUACAUACAACAUAUAAAAGCAUAGUGUGGAAUAAUAUUUUAGUAUAAACUUACACUGUAAAUAAAGUGGAGAGACUUCUUAAACAAAAUACAGUUCACUAUUUUGAUUCCAAAUAUUAGCAAUGUAUUUCUGUGGUACCUCAAUGGGUUUGUAUGUUCCAGCUAUUAUUGUUAUUAUUAUUAUUAUUAUUAUACAUUUGCCAAUUAAAUAAGGAAAAAGAA